AUGGCGCCCCCUGGCGGCUGUUGUGCGGCUGCGCGAGCGGAGCGCUCGUCUGAUUCCAUCAAAGCGCGCCCCCCCAUUCCGCCCCCCUCGCUCUUCCAGUCGCUCAUCAGAGCCCUGGCCACGCCCCUCACCGCAGACCGGCGCACAGGAUGUGCGUCAUCCGACGCCGGCAGCUUUACGGCUGUCGUGCAGCACUCAUCCGCCAUCGUGGAAGCCUUGGAGUCGGAGGCGGCGAUGGAGGGAGACGCGCGAGCAGCUACAGAGUGGAGUGCGGAGCCGGGAGACGCGGAGGAGCCCGAGGACGCGGAGGAUCCUGGGGACCCGGGGGACGCGGGGGACGUGGCCCGCAGCAGCAAGAAGAGGGUGGUACCGGGAAUCGUGUACCUGGGCCACGUCCCGCCGCGCUUCCGGCCUCUGCAAGUCCGCAACCUGCUCAGCGCCUACGGGGAAGUGGGGCGCGUGUUCUUCCAGGCAGAGGACCGGUUUGUCAAACGCAAAAAGAAGAAAGCAGCAGCGGCCUCGGGAGGGAAGAAAGGCUCCAAAUACAGCAAGGACUAUACUGAAGGCUGGGUGGAGUUCCGGGACAAGCGCGUAGCCAAGCGGGUGGCGGCCAGUCUACACAACACACCUAUGGGCGCCCGCAGGCGCAGCCCCUUCCGUUAUGAUCUGUGGAACCUCAAGUAUUUGCAUCGCUUUACUUGGUCCCACCUCAGCGAACACCUUGCCUUUGAGCGCCAGGUGCGCCGGCAGCGCCUAAGAGCAGAGGUCGCCCAGGCAAAGCGAGAGACUGACUUCUAUCUUCGAAGUGUAGACCGGGGACAACGCUUCCUUGCUACUGAUGGGGAUCCUGCCCGCCCGAAAGGCUCCUGGGCAUUUGCUCAGCGCCCCACUGAGCAGGAGCUGAGGGCCCGGAAGGCAGCACGGCCAGGAGGGCGGGAACGAGCCCGCCUGGCGACUGCACAGGACCAGGCCCGCUCCAACCGAGGGCUUCUUGCCAGGAUCUUUGGCGCCCCACCGCCUGCAGAGGGCAAAGAGGAACCGUAGCUGGGCAGGGACUCCUGAUGGAAGAGGAAGCCCCAUGUACCUACUAGCCCUGCUGUGUUCUGGUUUAUCUCCUGCAGAGUGUAACUAAUUGCUCAGAUGUUUCCUGUGUUCCUCAGACCAAGAGUCUGGUGAAAGUCCAGAAAUGGAAGUUGUGUGGGCAGCCUCUACUGCAGUGGACCAAAUCCCGCAGUGCCUGGCUGAGGACCUUACAGUGCUACCACAGUUGCUGGUUGGAUCUUGUUUUUCUUGGUCACUGGCCUCUUUUCCUGGUAAUCCUAUUCUCUGGCUCCAGGAACGGCCUUACUUUCCCAAGUGAGGACCGCUAGUCCACGCACCUUUUAGAAUGAUCGGCAUUGAUCAGGACAGCAACAACAUCCUUUGUACUUAGAAGAAAUGGAGAGUUGUUGGUUUAGUGGAUUCGGACUGGGUUAAGAGCUUCUGAAUAUAUUUAUAGAAAAUAAAAGAAUUACUUUUAUAUGCUUUCAGUUUCUAGAUGGAAGUCAUUGGGUUGGAUUCCAGACCACAUGUGCUACUCAACUAGUGACCCAGCACUUGUCUCUUUAUGUUGAUAUAGGCUUCACUAAGUUGCUCAGGCUGGCCUCAGACUCCCUCUGUAGGCCUGGCAAGCCUUGGCCUUGCAAUCCUCCUGAUUCAGUCUCCCAAGUAGCUGGGAUUACAGGCCAUUGCCACCAAGCCCAGCUUCACCAUCCCAAAAUGUAUUUAGUCUUCCUUUUGUCUGCAGUAUAAAUUCGUUACCUUGAAAAGAUGUUUAUAAGUAGCAUGAACCCUGUCUUCUAAAGUGUUGCACUGUUUGGCAUAUGUCAUUUGUACGUAAGCGUGUGGUGGGAGAGACAAGAAAUUCACUACCAGUUGUUGAAAAAAUGAGUUUCUACCUGUGCAUUAGCUCUUCAUGGAUCCUUCUAUCUGCCUUUCCAGUCACACCCCCCACCCCCCACCCCUCACAAGGUCAAGUGCAUUCUCCUUCAAGAUUAGAGCAAUGCUGAGGCCAUGCUGACUUCUGCAAAGGUAGCUGCUCUGCUUCCGUGGCGCGUGAGCACUGUUCUGGAGUGACACUCCUGCCGAUUCAUGGACACUUACUGUCUGUUGCUCUGGUAAAUGGUACAAAGAAUGAGAUCGAACUUCAUUUGACUUCUAAGGGUUCUCCAUUUGUUUGGUAAAUAAACAUUCAGCAAAUCUUUGA